AGGUUUCCAUAGGUCUUGCACCUACUCUGCUGGUCUCCACAGCCUCCCACUUUUACGUCAGCAAGGGAAGCCGGUGGAUUUCCUCCCCUUCUUUAUCUAAAGGAAGCGCCAAAAUAAGCACCAGCAGCCGAGCGCCCCAGCACCUUUUCCACUGGCCACUUAGUCGGAGUCCGGGGACAAAGUCGGGAGGUUUACCACUGAAGAAGAAUCACCAUGAAGACCAUCAGGGUUGUUGUCCUCCUCCUGCUGGCAUCUGUCCAUGUCUUCACACCAGUUUUAUCAUCAGAUGGUCCAAAUCCGAUGACAGAAGCAACACCCACAACAACACCAGCUGCAACAACAGCCUCAACACUAGCAUCAACAGGAUCAACCAUAGCAACAGCAUCACCAUCAACCCCAACAACAGCAUCACCAUCAUCCCUAGCAACAGCAUCACCAUCAGCCCUAGCAGCAGCAUCAACAUCAGCCCAAACAACAGCACCAGCAGUCACCCAAACAUCGGCAAAAGCCCUACCAGAAGAACCAGCAGCCACCUCAACAGCCCCAGAGGUCAAAACAGCACCAACAACACCCCCAACCGCAACAUCAGCAGCCCGUGAAUCGCCCCAUGUUGUUCCUGGUACCACCAGCAAAACCCCCGACACUCCAGUAGAUGCCUCUUUGGCCCCAGGGUCUAACCUUUCGGAGCCAGGAAACUCCUCUACAGGACCGGGUGACAAUGGAACAACAAACACAGGCCAGGCACAGCAACAAACCACUGCACCUCCAGUGAUAAAAGAUCCUGUGAAUGAUAACAGUGCUGGUUCUCAGACUGGAAGUGGUGAGAUACCCCCCCUCAAAGCAGACAAAAGGCUGUGGUUGAUUGUGCUGCCUGCCCUCCUGGUUGGAGCGGCUGUUGCCGUUGUGCUCAAAUUCAAAUGCAAGAAGAUCCACGAUCACACAGAAACCAUGGAUACUGGAACUGAGAAUGCGUCUUUCCAGAGCAGAACCGACAGCACUAAAGAUGGUGUCAUGCUCCUCGGCGUGAAGUCAUCAGGCGGAGAAGAAAAUGCUGCUGCGAGAUAAAAAAGACAAGAAAGAAGAACCGGAGGGCAGCAACAUCCAGAUCAGCCAGCAGAUGAGUCACACCUGUCACCCACACACUGGUGGUCCGGAGGAACUGUUGAUUAGAUGUUUGAGAAUUCUGUGAAACAUUUUGUGAGGCAGAAAUGUAUGAUUAUGAAUGCUAAAAGCUGUUUUGUGUGCAACUGUGAUCAUAAAUCUCAGAGUAAGUGACUCAUGUUCAACCAAAAUAUAUUCCUACAGACUUAAUCCAGUACAUCUCUUUGAGUUGAUAGCAUAGACUACAUUCUGUAAGCGGAUUGUCUGUGGAAUAUAUUUAUUGAACGUAGUCUAUGCCUAUACCUUUUUAUCAGUAUACUGUUGUACAGCUGCAUAGCUCAUCUCCAUGUUGGGCCUAACACGCUGUCUGUACAAUGUACGGACCUCAGAUAUUUAUCACUGCUCAUUUGGUUGUGUUGUUACUCACAAGUUGUAUUAUGAUAUGAUUUUAAAUCAAUUCGUUGGACAACGAUAUAAUAUUUGCUGCUGUCACAAAGCCUGCCCUGAUAAGAUUAUGAUUUGAUUCAAUUCAGGGGCCUGCGAUCAAUAUGAGCCGAUAUCAUACGUCCAUUUAAUACAUUCAGUUACACUUAUAUCGACUC